GACACCAAUAGGGGCACCAGGAUGGACACCAGGAUGGACACCAAAGGGGACACCAGGAUGGACACCGAGGGGGACACCAGGAUGGACACCAAUAGGGACACCAGGAUGGACACCAGGAUGGACAGCAGGAUGGACACCAAAGGGGGACGUCAAGAUGGACACCAAGGGGGACACCAGGAUGGAGACCAAGGGAGCACCAGGAUGGACAACAGGAUGGACACCAAGAGGGACACCAGAAUGGACAGCGAGGGGGGCACCAGGAUGGAUAUCAAGGGGGACACCGGGAUGGACACCAAGGGGAACACCAGGAUGGACACUAAGGGGGACAUCAAGAUGGACACCAAGGGGGAUACUAGGAUGGACACCAGGAUGGACACCGAGGGGGACACCGGGAUGGACACCAAGGGGAACACCAGGAUGGACACUAAGGGGGACAUCAAGAUGGACACCAAGGGGGAUACUAGGAUGGACACCAGGAUGGACACCGAGGGGGACACCGGGAUGGACACCAAGGGGAACACCAGGAUGGACACUAAGGGGGACAUCAAGAUGGACACCAAGGGGGAUACUAGGAUGGACACCAGGAUGGACACCGAGGGGGACACCGGGAUGGACACCAAGGGGAACACCAGGAUGGACACUAAGGGGGACAUCAAGAUGGACACCAAGGGGGAUACUAGGAUGGACACCAGGAUGGACACCGAGGGGGACACCGGGAUGGACACCAAGGGGGACACCAGGAUGGACACCAAGGGGAGCACCGGGAUGGACAGCGGGAUGGACACCAAGGAGGACACCGGGAUGGACACCAAGGGGGACACCAGGAUGGACACCAAGAGGGACACUGGUAUGGACACCAAGGGGAACACCAGGAUGGACACCAGGAUGGACACCAGGAUGGACACCAAGGCGGCCACCAGCACCGCCUGGGCCAGGGAGCUGCAGGACGAGGCUGCCCAUGAUGGGACAGCUCAGGAAAACAUGGUGGAGCUGGGUCAGGCCCUUGGCGGGGAGGAGGGGGCCGAGGUGGUGGCCGGGCAUGAAGCCCAGGUGAGGAGAGAGCCCAGGGUGGCUGCCAGCGAGGUAACCAGGGCCACCAUGGUGAGACAGCGGGUGGAGGUGGCCCUGGGGCUGCUGGAGCGCUUGGUGGCCGCGUGUGACGAAGCCACCGCCUUCCCCCGGGAGCUGCAGCUCAGGGUUGGGGACAUCGAGGCCGCCCUGGAGGGGACAAAUGAGGCAUCCCCCGAUGUCCCAAAAGUCUUGGUGGCCAAGGUGGCCGAGUUUGAGCGGCUGUGGGAGGCCAAUGCCCGCCUGGCCAAGGAUCACCUGCUGGGGACACUUGGGGACAUCAACCCUCUCUUCUUCCGUUGUGACCCUGAUGGCCCCAGUGGGCACGCAGUGGCCGAGAGGUGCCAAAAAGCCAUCGAGGACAUCCCGAGGCUGCUUCAGGACAGCGAUGUCACCGCUGUGACAUCAUCGGGGCAGUGACAUCAUCGGGGACAUCGCUGCUGUCACCUGUCCCCUCCCUGCUUGGGACUGGAGACAAACGUGGGGAAUUUUGUGGGAAUUUUCAUUGAAACUGUCCCAAAUCCUGAUGGGAAUUCCUGGGGUGACGUCACUGGGGACACUUGGGGACACUCUGGGGACACUCAUGGAUGAAGUGGUGGCUCAGGGGGUGAAUGAGCCCCCUCGGUGCCUCGCAGCAGAGGCAGCUUUCUGCUGCCUUAUUAAUGAGAAUAUAAUAAUUAGCUUUUGUAUUUUUCUGUUGGCUUUUGUAUUUCUCUAUUGUUUUUUGCAUUUCUCUGUUGGCUUUUACGCGUUGUUAUUGAUCACAAGUAUUUUGCUGUGGUAUUUGAUUAUUGAUAAUUCCUUCUACCUGCUCAUUAAUUCGAUAAAAUCUCACUUUUCACGGACGCGUCCAAGGCCGUGCCAGCU